GUGUCUGAUAAUGACAGUCGAACGUCACUAUGACAGUGAGUAAUCAAGCAGUAAUACUUGUCUACAUGGCCCUAACUCUUUCUGAAGCCCCGUUAAAAGCAAUGCAAAACUUGAACAUAGUACCAGUCACUCUCUACACGUCCACUCUAAUGAUCAUCGUCUACCAUUGGUUGCUAUGCCACUGCGCUGACAAGCAAGACCUUGGGUCAAUGGGGCACGUUUAUGACUUCUUGAUCUCAUGGCUUCCGUCGUGUAAUGCACCCCAUACUGACACUCUCGAAACCCUCCCCCAAACUGCAGCUCGCUUACCCUUCGACGCCCCUUACUCCUUGGUACGUUGCUGCUUUUCUUACCAAUUCAAACCUAAAUCCGUCCUCCUAGCUCUCUGACGAAGACCUUAUAGAGACGAAAAUGGAUGAAGAACCCUAGAUUACAUAGGUAGAACUUGUAAAGUGAGAAAGCCCCAGAAAG